CACGCCCCCGCUCACACUGACAGAGAGAGUCCACACUUUUACUCUCUCUCUCUCUCUCUCUCUCUCACACACACACACACACGAAGACUUCUUCGUUCACUGAUCAGCUGUGUGUGUGUGUGUGUGUGGUUUGUGUGUGUGUGUGUGUGUGUGUUCCUAUAGAACCCGGCAGUGAAGACGCGGCUGUCUGCAGGUGAGACACACGAGACUCUGCUGAGAGUUUCCACUGUCACAGAGACACAGAGGACACACAGCCAGACACACACAGAGGACAGUGUGUGUGUCUCUCUGUCUCACAGUUGCAGAAAGACUUUAACUCUUGAAUCUUUUACACUCGGGGACACAGAAGGAGGACAACCUGAGGACCGACAGAGAUCGAGGACAGGACAGGCGUACCUGUCCCAAGUUGUGUAUCUGUCUCGGGGACACUAUUUCGGGACGAGAAUGUCGGACUCUGCCUCCAGUUUUCUCCACAUUGGAGACAUCGUGUCUCUUUACGCAGAAGGAUCAGUCAACGGCUUCAUCAGUACACUGGGGUUGGUCGAUGACAGAUGUGUGGUCGAACCUGCAGCCGGAGAUCUGGAGAAUCCUCCAAAGAAGUUCAGAGACUGCCUAUUCAAGGUCUGUCCCAUGAGCCGCUACUCGGCUCAGAAACAGUUUUGGAAAGCGAAACAAGCCAAACAUGAGAAGGACAAGAUCGCCGAUGUGGUCCUGCUGCAGAAGCUGCAGCACGCGUCCAACCUGGAGCAGAAACAGAACGAAACUGAGAACAAGAAAGUCCACGGAGACGUUGUCAAAUAUGGAACUGUCAUACAGCUGCUCCACAUGAAGAGCAACAAGUACCUGACUGUGAACAAGCGUCUGCCGGCUCUGCUGGAGAAGAACGCCAUGAGGGUAACGCUGGACGGCACGGGCAACGAGGGCUCGUGGCUCUUCAUCCAGCCGUUCUGGAAGCUCCGCGCCAACGGAGACAACGUGGUGGUCGGAGACAAAGUGAUCCUGAACCCGGUGAACGCUGGUCAACCGCUGCACGCCUCCAACUAUGAACUGACCGACCAUCCGGGCUGCAAGGAGGUGAACUCUGUGAACUGCAACACCAGCUGGAAGAUCAACCUGUUCAUGAUGUUCAGUGACCACAGAGAAGAAGUCCUCAAAGGAGGCGAUGUGGUGCGUUUGUUUCAUGCAGAGCAGGAAAAGUUUCUGACGUGUGAUGAGUACAAAAGUAAACUCCAUGUUUUCCUGCGAACGACACUGAGACAGUCUGCGACGUCAGCAACCAGCUCCAACGCUCUGUGGGAGGUCGAGGUCGUGCAUCAUGACCCGUGUCGUGGGGGGGCGGGGCACUGGAACAGCCUCUACCGCUUCAAACACCUGGCCACUGGCAACUACCUGGCUGCUGAGGAGAAUCCAGGUUAUAAAGGGGACAACGCAGAGAUCUCGCCCUCGAUGGAAGGUAGUCGUAGCAACAAGCGCUCCCUUGGUGAGAGGAUCAAGUACAAACUGGUGGCGGUGCCUCAUGGGAACGACAUCGCCUCGCUGUUCGAGCUGGACCCGACCACGCUACAGAAGACCGACUCAUUCGUGCCACGAAACUCGUACGUACGACUGCGACAUCUGUGUACCAACACCUGGAUCCAGAGCACCAACGUCCCCAUUGACGUUGACGAGGAGAGACCCAUCAGGCUCAUGUUGGGAACGUGUCCCACGAAAGAGGACAAGGAGGCCUUUGCCAUCGUCUCUGUACCCGUCAUGGAGAUCAGAGAUCUGGACUUUGCCAAUGACGCCAGCGCCAUGUUGAGCACAGUGGUUGACCAGUUCAACAAGGGCUUCAUCAGCCAGAACGACCGCAGAUUUGCCAUCAAGCUACUGGAGGACAUGGUUUUCUUCGUGGCAGACGUCCUCAACAGUGGUCAGCCGGUCCUGGAUGUGGUCAUGACCAAACCCAACAGGGAGCGGCAGAAACUAAUGAGGGAGCAGAACAUCCUCAAACAGGUUUUUGGCAUCCUAAAGGCUCCCUUUAAGGACCGUGGAGGAGGGGAGGGUGCCUUGCUGUGUCUGGAAGAGCUGGCUGACCAGAAGAACGCACCCUACCAGUACAUGUUCCGACUCUGCUACAGGGUUCUUAGGCACUCGCAGGAGGACUACCGCAAGAACCAGGAGCACAUAGCCAAGCAGUUUGGUGUGAUGCAGAGUCAGAUCGGCUAUGACAUCCUGGCUGAGGACACUAUCACCGCUCUGCUGCACAACAACCGCAAACUGCUAGAGAAACACAUCACCAAGACUGAGGUGGAAACCUUUGUCAGUCUGGUCCGCAAGAACCGUGAGCCCAGGUUUCUGGACUACCUGUCUGACCUGUGUGUGUCCAACAAUGUUGCCAUUCCUGUCACUCAGGAGCUGAUCUGUAAAUGUGUGCUGGACCCCAAACACCAGGACAUCCUCAUCAAAACAGAACGUCGAGUCCCAAAAGAGCUGCACCCGGGUGGCGUGGAGGGCGAUUACAUGGAUGACUACGGAGAUGAUGAUGAGGUGUGGCUGGUGUGGACGGACAAGACCAAUGAGAAGCAGGAGAAGGGCAUCAGACAGCUAGCUCAGGAGGCGAGGCAGGGAAACGCUCACGAUGAGAACGUUCUCACUUACUACAGGUACCAGCUGAAGCUCUUCGCUCGCAUGUGUUUGGACCGUCAGUAUCUGGCCAUAGACGAGAUCUCCAAGCAGCUGGACGUGGAGCUCAUCUUCCUGUGCAUGAUGGAUGAGACGCUGCCCUUUGACAUCCGUGCCUCCUUCUGUCGCCUCAUGCUUCAUGCUCACGUGGACCGAGACCCUCAGGAGCUGGUGACCCCGGUUAAGUUCGCCCGCCUCUGGACGGAGAUCCCAACCUCUAUCACCAUCAAAGAUUAUGAUUCCAACAUGGAUGACAGCCGAGACAACAAGAAGAACCGCUUCUCCAACAGCAUGGCCUUCAUGGAGGAAUAUUUGAACAACGUUCUGAAUGAUGAACUGCCAUUCCACAACGAGGAGAAAAACAAACUUACAUAUGAGGUGGUGAGUUUGGCCAGACAUUUGAUUUACUUUGGAUUCUACAGUUUCUUUGAGCUGCUCAGACUAACCAGGACCCUGCUGGGCAUCAUCGACUGUCGACCCAAUCCUUUACACACUGGGCUGUUGUUCCACGAUGAUGGAUCAGGCAAGAAUGUGAAGCGCUCCAUACACGGGAUGGGUCAGAUGAUGUCCACCAUGGUCCUCAACAGGAAGCAGUCGCUAUUUGGAGGUCCAGGUGCCAGAGGGGGGGCAGGGCUUGCGCUCGAUGGACAGAGAGGUGGUAAGGACAGUAUCGACAGAUUGGACCUGACGGUGAUGGACACCAAACUGAAGAUACUGGAGAUAUUACAGUUCAUCCUGAAUGUUCGUCUGGAUUACCGCCUCUCCUUCCUGCUGUCCGUUUUUAAGAAAGAGUUUGUGGACGUUUAUCCGAUGGAUGAUGCUGACGCGACUACUAACAUGGAGCAUGCAGGCGUCCCGCUCAAAACAGAGACAGCAGCCACCAUCAACCUGCAGCGUAUCGGAGAGCAGGCAGAGGCCAUGUUUGGAGUCGGCAAAGGGAACAGUAUCCUGGAGGUGGACGAUGAAGGUGGCCGUAUGUUCCUGCGAGUGUUGAUCCACCUCACCAUGCACGACUACCCUCCGCUUGUGUCCGGAGCUCUGCAGCUGCUCUUCAGACAUUUCAGCCAGAGACAGGAAGUGCUGCACACCUUCAAACAGGUCCAGUUGCUGAUCUCGUCUCAGGACGUGGAGAAUUACAAGCUGAUCAAGGCGGAUCUGGAUCGUCUGCGGACUCUGGUGGAGAAAUCUGAACUGUGGGUGGAGAAGAAAAACUCCGGAGGCGACGGCAAGAAGGACAAGAAAGACAAAAAAGAGAUUGAAGGGGGGGCAUCAGAGGAAGCAGCACCCAAGAAGGACAAAGUGGAGAAGGGCAACGAGAACUACCAGAAAGUGAAAGAGAUCCUGGAGAGACUAAAUAAAAUGUGUAGCAGUGGAGUUUGGAAGAAGCAGCAGAGGUUGUUGAAGAACAUGGGAGCUCAUAAAGUCAUGUUAGACCUGCUGCAGGUGUCCUACGACAAGAACGAUGUGAAGAUGCAGGAGAUCAUCAGGUACACUCACCUGUUUCUGCAGAAGUUCUGUAUGGGAAACCAGGAAAACCAGGCUCUGCUGCACAAGAACCUCAACCUGUUCCUCACCCCCGGGCUGCUGGAGGCGGAGACUGUGCAGCACAUCUUCAGCAACAACUACCAGCUGUGCAGCGAGAUCUCUGAGAGUGUCCUGCAGCACUUCGUCCACUGCCUGGCUACGCACGGGCGCCACGUCCAGUACCUCAACUUCCUGCACACCAUCAUCAAGGCCGAGGGCAAGUACGUGAAGAAGUGUCAGGACAUGAUCAUGACGGAGCUGACCAACGCCGGCGAGGACGUUGUCGUCUUCUACAACGACAAGGCGUCAUUCAACGUCAUGCUAGAGCUGAUGGCGGAGAGCAGGGAGGGCGUGGCAGAGAACAGCCCGCUCAGGUAUCACAUCUCUUUGGUGGAGCUGCUGGCGGCUUGCGCCGAGGGCAAGAACGUCUACACAGAGAUCAAGUGCACGUCGCUGCUGCCGCUGGAGGACGUGGUCAGAGUGGUGAUGCACGAGGACUGCAUCACCGAGGUAAAAAUCGCGUAUGUGAACUUUGUGAAUCACUGCUACGUGGACACGGAGGUGGAGAUGAAGGAGAUCUACACAUCCAAUCACAUCUGGAAGCUGUUUGAAGAUUUCACCGUGGACAUGGCGAGGGUUUGUAGCAAACGUGAAAAGCGUCUCUCUGAUCCCGUCUUAGAGAAAUACAUCAUCAACGUGGUCUUUGACACCAUCAACGCCUUCUUCAGCUCGCCGUUCUCUGAGAACAGCACAUCGCUGCAGACUCAUCACACCAUCGUCACUCACCUGCUCCAGUCGUCUGUGCGUCUCCUGGACUGUCCAUGGCUGCAGCAGCAGCACAGAGGACUGGUGGAGACCUGCAUCAAGACCCUCGCCAUGACAGCUAAGAGUCGCUCUAUCGCGCUGCCUCUGGACCUGGAGUCUCAGAUCAGUUCCAUGUUGUCCAGUUCUGCUCUCAACUCUCUGACGCGUUCUCAUCCCAACUACAAAUCCUCGUCGCGCUCGUCUCGACCCAUCGCUCCCAGCAACCCGUGGGAUUAUAAGAACAUCAUUGAGAAGCUGCAGGACAUCAUCAAUACCCUGGAGGAACGCCUGAAGCCGCUGGUCAACGCAGAGCUGUCCGUGCUGGUGGACGUUCUCCAUCAACCCGAGCUGCUGUUUCUGGAAGGAACCGACCCCCGACAACGCUGCGAGUCUGGAGGAUUCAUCUCCAAGCUGAUCCUGCACACCAAGGCCCUGAUGUUGGUAGAAGAAAAAUUGUGUAUCAAGGUUCUGAAGACACUGCAGGAGAUGCUGAUCAGGACUCUGGACUUUGAUGAAAAGGGAAUCUCACUGAGGAAAGUUCUACUGCAGAACUACCUGUUUCCAAACAAGAAGAACAACCCGAAGAACGACCUGGCCGAACUCGGAGCUGCAGGUGGAGAGCAGGAGCGGGACUGGGCUGUCGUGGCAACGGUUCAGUGUCGCCUGGACAGAGAAGGAGGAACAAAGCUUUUCUCUGAUCUGGUGAUGAGCACAAAGAACGACAAGAUCUUCCUGGAGAGCAUCCAACUGGCCAUCUGUCUGCUGGAGGGAGGGAACACGGAGAUACAGAACUCCUUUUUUAAACUGAUGAUGGGCGACAACAAGUCGGAGAAGUUUUUCAAGGUUCUUCACGACCGGAUGAAAGAAGCUCAGAACGACAUUAAAGCCACAGUUUCCGUCAACGUCAGUGAGAUGACACACAAGGCGAACGAGAAGGAGCUGGAGAGCGGUGACUCAGCAUCAUUAGUACUUCCUGGUUCAGGAGGUCACCCACUGCUGGGUCAGUCCGUGGCUCAGGGGGCAGCGGCUCUGCCGGCUCAGUCGGCGGCGGCGGAACAGAAGGAGGUGGAGACAGAGAUGGGACCAGCUGUGACCAUCAUGAAGCCCAUCCUCAGGUUCCUGCAGCUGCUCUGUGAAAACCACAACCUGGACCUGCAGAACUUCCUCCGAUGUCAGAACAACAAGACCAACUACAACCUGGUGUGUGAGACGCUGCAGUUCCUGGACAUCAUGUGUGGAAGCACCACAGGGGGGCUGGGUCUGCUGGGCCUCUACAUCAACGAAUCCAACGUCUACCUCAUCAUCCAGACGCUGGAGACACUCACAGAGUACUGCCAGGGCCCGUGUCAGGAGAACCAGACGUGUAUUGUGACCCAUGAGUCCAACGGCAUCGACAUCAUCACAGCUCUGAUCCUGAACGACAUCAGUCCACUCUGUCAUUACAGCAUGGAGAUGGUUCUGCAACUGAAGGACAACGCCUCCAAGCUGCUGUUGGCUCUAAUGGAGAGUCGCCAUGACAGCGAGAACGCAGAGAGGAUCCUUUUCAACCUCCGACCUCGAGAGCUGAUGGAGGUGAUAAAGAAGGCCUACCAUCAGGACAGUGAGUGUGAGGGAUCAGAAGUUUCACCUCGAGACGUCGGACACAACAUCUACAUUCUGGCUCAACAGUUGGCACGACACAACAAAGCCCUGCAGAACCUCCUGAAAUCACAGAAGAAGAGUAAAGAGGGAGAGGAGGGAAUCUCGUCCAUGUUGAACCUCAACAAUCGGCCUCUAUCUCAGAUGUUAAAGUCCACAGCUCCUGCUGUUGUUGUUGAACAGGAUCCUCUGGAGUUCUACGAACAGCUGACUGCCCAGAUAGAGAUUGUUCGUGAGGAUCGCAGCAUGGAGCAGAUCGUGUUUCCUGUUCAUCCCAUCUGCGAGUUUCUGACCGAGGAGUCAAAGUGCAGAGUCUUCAACACCACGGAGCAGGACGAGCAGGGGUCAAAGGUCACACACUUCUUUGAGCAAACCUCCUUCCUGCACGGAGAGAUGGAGUGGCAGAAGAAGCUGAGGAGUAUGCCAGUGUUGUACUGGUUCUCCAGGAGAAUGACACUGUGGGGAACCAUCUCCUUCAAACUCGCCGUCUUCAUCAACCUCAUCAUCGCCUUCUUCUACCCGUACGCCUCAGGACAAGUGGGAGCGAUCGACGACUCCCUGCUGCUGAUGCUGUUCUGGAUCCUGACUGGUCUGUCCGUGUUGGGCUUGUUCUCCCAGCGUUACGGCCUCCAGCCUCUGACCAUCGCUCUGAUCCUCAGGUCCAUUUAUCACCUGGGUAUCGGAAACACGCUCAUCCUGCUGGGAACGCUCAACCUCAUCAAUAAGGUGGUGUUCGUGGUGAGUUUCGUGGGGAACAACGGGACGUUUAUCAUGGGUUACAAAGCCAUGGUGAUGGACGUGGAGUUCCUCUAUCAUCUGGCCUACGUCCUGACGUCCACGCUGGGUCUGUUUGUCCAUGAGCUCUUCUACAGCAUCCUGCUGUUUGACCUGAUCUACCGCGAGGAGACACUGUUUAACGUGAUAAAGAGUGUGACUCGUAACGGUCGCUCCAUCCUGCUGACGGCGCUGCUCGCGCUCAUCCUCGUCUACCUGUUCUCAAUUGUCGGGUUCCUCUGCCUGAAGGAGGAUUUUAUCAUGGAGGUCGACCCACUACCACAGCUGACCACAGCUCCUCCUCAGAGCGGAGCGUCUCAAGAUUUCCUGGCCUCGUGUUCUUCAGACGGCGUCAGCUGCACGGCAGAAACCAGCAGCGCCGCUGAUGAUGAAGAGGAGGUGCCCAACUCGGAGCGAGCGUGUGACACUCUGCUCAUGUGCAUCGUCACGGUGAUGAACCACGGUCUGAGGAACGGAGGUGGAGUUGGAGACGUCCUCCGCAAACCAUCAAAGAACGAGCCUCUGUUUCCAGCGCGUGUCGUCUACGACCUUCUCUUCUACUUCAUCGUCAUCAUCAUCGUCCUCAACCUGAUCUUCGGCGUCAUCAUCGACACGUUCGCCGACCUGAGGAGCGAGAAGCAGAAGAAGGAGGAGGUUCUGAAGACCACGUGUUUCAUCUGCUGUCUGGAGCGAGACAAGUUUGACAACAAGACCGUGUCGUUUGAGGAGCACGUGAAACUGGAGCACAACAUCUGGAACUACCUGUACUUCAUCGUCCUGCUGCGCGAGAAGAACAAGACGGACUACACCGGACCAGAGAGCUACGUCGCCCAGAUGAUCAAGAACAACAACCUGGACUGGUUUCCACGGAUGCAGGCGAUGUCACUGGUGGUAACCGAUGGCGACGGCGAGCAGAACGAGAUGAGGAUGUUACAGGACAAACUGGCAACGACGAUGAAGGUGGUGACCACGCUGACGAGUCAGCUGUCAGAGUUGAAAGAACAGAUGACAGAGCAGAGGAAGAGGAGGCAGAGGAUGGGCUUCGCGGACGCUCAGGCCGGAGCCAGCGCUGCGCUGCCCCCUAGUGCCGCAGGUGGAAACCACCAGAUCUACAAAACAUAAAAGACACACACACACACAGAGACUGACAGUGACAUCACAGAGAAAACACAGCCACACAACGCCACAGGGGGGCGCCACAACUGACCAACACAUGAAGUAACGUGAGCCUCAUAUUUCACAUCAGAUAGAAAUGACAUGAAUUUAAUAUCUAAUUAUAAACAGAGCUUCACAAAGUAUAAAUCUAGUUUUUUAUGUUUCUGUAAUAGUUCACACAUCUUUAACCAUAAUGAUUAAAUAUAAUUAUUAUUGUUAUCCAUAAUUUACUGUUUUACAAAAGUUAAAUAGUAAAGUGUGAUUAUUUCUUGAUGAAGACGUUAAAUUAUAGUUAUUUACUGGUUAUAUUUGACUCAAAUUUGGGCAGAAAAAAAAAUUUGGGUGAAAGAUUUCUAAAAAAUUGGAUUUCUUGUUUUUAGGACAGGUAGUCUCAUAAAUAUGUUAAGCACUGUAUACAUAAUUUAUAUAUAUAUACAUAUACACACAUACAUGUGUGUGUAUGUAUAUAUAUGUACAGUGUAUAUAUAUAUAUAUAUACGUGUAUAUAUAUAUAUAUAUACAGAAUAUAUGUGUAUAUAUAUAUAUAUACACAUAUAUGUAUAUAUGUGUGUAUAUAUAUACACACAUAUAUACAAGGGGUGGAGUGGCUCAAGUGGUUAAGACUGGUACCCUGUGUGCGAAAGACAUCAUGGUCGCAAUGGUUGCAAGUUCGACUCCACCCCUGGCUGAUUGUACUCCAUUCCAUUGUAAGUCCCUUUGGAUAAAAGCAUCUGCUAAAUCACAUGUAAUUUAAUACAUAUACAUAUAUAUAUAUAUAUAUAUAUAUAUAGAUAUAGACAUAUACAUACAUAUAAAAAUGUAGGUUCACCCUUUGCCAGUUUGUUGUAAAAGAAUCUGACCGGACCAGAACUGUGUUGUCAGGCUCAGACCCUCAGGUGUGACUGUGAGGUUGGUAUUUUAGUAUUUUAUUAUUUUAUUAUUUAAUGAUCUGCAGUGAUUUUUCUCUUCAGUCCACAUUUGGACCAGAUCCUCUUCAGAGGUCUUGGUUCUGGUUCCGUGGGUUCUCAGUUCUUCACGAGACCGUAAAUACACUUUGUGGCGUGCAGGGGGCAGCGGUGGACACGUGGAGGCUCAUGUUUUUGUUCAGUUUCAUAGAAAGAAAAGCAAUAACUCACUUUAGUCAUUUUAAUAAAGUAGAAAGAGAAUUUAUUAUUUCUACAACUUCCUUAAAAAUGAAAUCACUUGAACUCAGUCGUGUGUUUUUAUUGUUGUUUUUUAAGUGACAUCAUUAUUAGUUAAUAUUAUUAUAUUAUUAUCAUAAAGAUUUAUUUAUGUAAUAAUGUGCUCAGUACAGACACUGGAUGAUAAUGAGCUGCUUCUGUUUUUCAUGCUGUGACGAAAUAAAACAAAUAUUUACUUUGAAGAAUAAA